CGUCGGCAGCUGCCGGAAAUCUCGCGCCUCUGCUCGCACGGGGCGGCGGGGACAGGAGGGGGGUGGGCAAAGAUGGCGGCGGAAAGGGAGCCCCCUCCUCUCGGGGACGGCCGGCAGACCGAGUUCGAGGAGCUGGAGGACGGCGAGGACCUCUUCACCAGCACCGUCUCCACCCUGGAGGUAAGGCGCGCCCUUCGGAGGGAGCUGGCGGCCGCCGCUUCCUCGCCCUCGGCCAGCCCGUCAAGCCCUUCAUCUCCAGAGCCAGCCAGUCUUCCUGCAGAAGACAUCAGUACAAAUUCUAAUGGCCCAAAGCCUGCAGAAAUCAUACUAGAUGAUGACAGGGAAGACCUUUUUGCUGAAGCCACGGAGGAAGUUUCUCUGGACAGCCCGGAAAGAGAACCGAUACUUUCAUCCGAUUCUACUCCAGCUGUUACACCUGUUACACCAACCACACUAAUAACACCCAGAAUGGAGUCAAAAAUAGUGGUGGCUCCAGUGGACUUUGACAGAUCCAGGGAAGAGAUUGAAGAAGAAGCUAAUGGCGACUUGUUUGAUAUUGAAAUCAAUGUGUCAGAUCCAGAGAAAGUUGGCGAUGGUAUGAAUGCAUAUAUGGCAUACAGAGUAACAACAAAGACAUCUCUGUCCAUGUUUCACAAAAACGAAUUCGCUGUUAAAAGAAGAUUCAGUGACUUUCUUGGCUUACAUGCCAAAUUAACAUCCAAAUAUCUGCAUGUUGGGUAUAUUGUGCCUCCAGCUCCAGAAAAAAGUAUUGUAGGCAUGACUAAGGUAAAAGUAGGCAAGGAAGAUUCGUCAUCUACAGAAUUCGUAGAAAAAAGAAGAGCAUCACUAGAAAGGUAUCUACAACGAACAGUAAAACACCCAACCUUGUUACAGGAUCCUGAUUUAAGGCAGUUCUUGGAAAGUUCUGAGCUGCCGAGAGCAGUUAACACUCAGGCUCUGAGUGGAGCAGGAAUAUUGAGGAUGGUGAACAAGGCUGCCGACGCUGUCAACAAAAUGACGAUCAAGAUGAAUGAAUCGGAUGCAUGGUUUGAAGAAAAACAGCAACAAUUUGAAAAUUUGGAUCAGCAGCUCCGGAAACUUCACGGUAGCGUAGAAGCCUUGGUCUGUCAUAGAAAAGAACUUUCAGCCAACACAGCUGCCUUUGCUAAAAGUGCUGCCAUGCUAGGGAACUCAGAAGACCACACUGCUUUAUCAAGAGCCUUGUCUCAGCUUGCUGAAGUUGAAGAAAAAAUUGAUCAGCUGCAUCAAGAACAAGCUUUUGCUGACUUCUAUGUGUUCUCUGAGUUGCUGAGUGACUAUGUUCGCCUUAUUGGUGCAGUAAAAGGAGUGUUUGAUCAUCGAAUGAAAUGCUGGCAGAAAUGGCAGGAUGCUCAGGUCAUGUUACAGAAAAAACGGGAGGCUGAAGCUAAACUUCAGCUCGCCAACAAGCCUGACAAAUUGCAGCAAGCGAAAGAUGAAAUCAAAGAGUGGGAAACGAAAGUUCUACAAGGAGAAAGGGAUUUUGAACAAAUCUCCAAGACAAUACGCAAAGAAGUAGGAAGAUUUGAGAAAGAACGCGUGAGAGACUUCAAAACUGUUAUAAUCAAGUAUUUGGAAUCAUUAGUGCAAACACAACAACAGCUGAUAAAAUACUGGGAGGCAUUCCUACCUGAAGCCAAAGCCAUUGCCUAAGAAGAAGACUCUUCCAAAAUAUGAAGACUCUUUGGAUGUUUGUCCCAACUGAGCUAAAUUCCAUAGUGAAAAUCACUUUAAAAUUAUCCAAAUAAACCACUAUAUAUUUUGAAUUUAACAUGUGGCUUUUUAUAUACUACAGCAUUUUAUUAACAGCUGCAUGUCCUGACCCUCCUUGAAGUGGACUGUGGGCAUGACAUUCUGCAAUACUUGCUGAAUUGAACACUAUUGUGUCUUAAUACUUGCACUAAAAUGUGCGAUGCAAGGCCAGAAAGUUAUUUUUGUUCUUUACUAUAUGUUCUGUCUACCUGAUCUUUAUGAAACAAAUUGCAUUUAUUAAUGUUCACAUAACACAUUCCUGUACAUAAUCAAGAUUUUGUGAUUUCAGUAAUAAAAGGGAUGUACUUUGUGAAACAUUAAUCCUUAACUUUGUUCUUCAUUUCCUAGCUCAUUUAAGUGUGUUUGGCACUCAGUAGUUGUAGCAGCUAUACAGAUUUAGGCUGAGAGGAAUUUGGGUUGGUUUUGCUAACAAGGAACACUUUUUUACAUGGUCUAACUCUAGCUUCUUUAAAAAGUGGAUUUCUUAAACAACUGCACUUGAAUAGAAGCUUUUUGUUUUUAGAAAAGUGGUCAUACCAAAGACUCAUUAAAUCUUAUUGCUAACCCAUGGACUUGUCAUAUUAGAAAUGUAUGCAAAGUAGCGGUACUCCAUUAGUCUUUAGUAAAUUGCUAUAUAAUUUACUAAUGAUAAACUGCUAUAUAGAAUGGGAAGGAUGUAGGAAUUCAAGAUCUUGUGUUUCAUUCCUCACAGAAAUCAGCUUAGAGUUUGACUUUCCGUAAGCAAACUCUUCUUACAAGGAUGUGUCUUCUAGUGGGAGGUAGGAAGAGGCAUCUUUUACCAUUUCUCCUGUGCACUCAGAAAACCAGCUGCAGGGGACUGUGGGAUCCACCAGAACAGAUACUGCUUUGGGGAAUUGAUAAAAAAAUAUACCUUCCAACAACUCAUUCCAAGUAA